UUUUCUUUCUCACUUAUUCACUUUCUCACUAAUUUCACUGCCCACAGUUUUUGUUUCUCUCUCUCUCUCUCUCUCAAAAAACAAAUCAAAUUUUCUUCUUCUUUUUUCUAUGGCUUAUUCUUCUUCUAUGGAAAGUGCACAAACUCAAAAUCAACCACAACCUCAACCACCUUUGUACUUUGAUGAGAAGUGGAAGCUAUCAAAGAAAGAAGGGUCAACUAGAAGUAAAUCUUCAACAACACCUUUCAUCAAAAGUAAUUCAACUUCACAAAGAAAGUGUGCUUUUGCUAGGAAAUGUGCUAGGCUUGUCAAAGAACAAAGGGCACGUUUUUACAUCAUGAGGCGUUGUGUUACAAUGUUAAUUUGUUGGCGUGAUUACAGUGAUUCAUGAAAAACCAACAAAAGGGUUUAUUUGGGACAAACAAAAAGCUUCAAAAGUUGUCUCUUUUUUUGGUGAUUCUCUUGCUUUAGAUCCCUUUUGUGGUGAUUUCUCUUAUGAAGCUUUUUUCAUAUGAGAUAUAUACAUGUAUAUAAAAAUAUUAUUUUUUUUAAUUUUAUUAGCUAGAAGUUUUCAAUUUUGAUUUUUUGUUUUUAAUGGGUCAUGUUUGUGGCCUUUGUUGAUGUUAAUUUUUCUGGGUAUCUUGGAAAUUGAAGAGAUUAUGUUUAGAACUGAGAAAUUGAAUGAAAAAUUUAGUUUAGUUUUUAGCCAACAA